AAACACCGGCGGAAAAUGACACCCUUUGACAGGAGCUCACCCCUUACCCAAUGUGAGCGCUUGAGUCUCAGGCCCCGUCACUGCCCGCAGUGUUCCGAGUUCGAGGGCGGUUGCCCAACCGCAAGAACUACCGAAGGAGACAGUGCAAGCCUAAAAGAGGUAUACAAGGCCGGGAAUCUCACCGUUCUUGCUGGGGAUCGUGAGCUUCCUGACAGCCCAGUUCAAUUGGACUUCUAUUUCAAGAGCAGUAGUCAGGGUACAACUCACUGGCACGGCUUACUGCAAGGGCACACGCUCUUCCUUGACACACCUCACCAGGUCCUGGAACGCUGCAGCCGUGAAAGCCUGACAGCAACACUAGAAUACGUGGAAGAAGAAACAGAAGUGAACCAGGUGUUUGUCAGCUUCCACAAAUGUCGAUCUGACCGUGGUAACCUGCUGCGGGCGUUCAGCUACUUGGGCUUCGAACUCGUUCGACCGGAUCAUCCUGCCCUUCCACCCUGGAGGGAUGUCGUUUUCAUGGUUUACCCCCUGGAAAGGGAAUUUGGCCCCCAAACAGCACAAGAGCUGCCCAAGCCGAGGGCACCAAAUGUAGGGGAGGGGGCUGCACUUGUGGGGAGCAUCCCCAACCCAACUUGA